AUGCCGGUGGUUGAUAUCAUAAAGUGUACUGUGGCUGUUGCAAGCCACCGAAGAUGCCAACCAAACCCCCUCAACCCCCUAGCCCGAGGCCCACACCCGAAGCCCCAAAACCCAGCAGCCGCGGCUCCCCGCAAGGAGUAUGUCGUGGAGGUGGAAGCAGGCCAGCCUUCGGGGCUUCCAGGUGUCGGGCUUCCGAAGCUAGGCUCCUGGCUUCCUAAAAGUGGGAGGGGGUUCUGGGGUUCAAGGGCGGGUUCAAAGGGUGCAGAGGGGUUUGGGGGCCUCAAUCUCAGCCAUGUGACAGGAUAUUAUGGGAACGACUUCGGUGCAGCCGCGACGGCGGUGCGCAUCUGUUCCAAGGGAGUUCUGAAGACACUCAACUUCCGCCCGGGUGUCGAGGGUGGCCUCGCCGGUGUGGAUGGGGAGGCCGGAGCCAACAUCGGCUGGACCCCACGGGAUCGGAUGAUGCACAUCGUGCGGAUCACCAUCCGCAAGACAGGCUGGCACACGUUUCAGAUCAUCGACGGCACCGAUUCGGAGAAGACAUGGUCCAAGGAUUUCAAGGUAGGAUUCCGAAAUUGGAGCCAACUUCGCUUGCUGUCACUUCGAGGAGCACGAAGGGCAAUUAGCCACUCCUUGGUGAAAGACGUGAUGAGGAGCAAGUUCUUCGGCCUGUGCCAGUGUCUGGAGCCUUGGAGUCGCCCGGAGCGGCUCCAAGGUGUCGAGAAACGAGACACGGGCUGGAUCGGGCUGGCCUCACCGAGAGGCAUCGGGGAGCGGGAUUUCCCUCUCUGGCCCAUCAGCCGCGUGGUUGGAGUGCUGGUGCAGGGGUCCGAGAAGAAGGAGAAGCUGCAAGGGCAUAGAGUGGUUGAUUGGGUGCGCUUUUGCGCGUGUUUUGACAACCAACACGUCUUGUUCUGCUGCGUGUCGGGCAUCUCCCUCACGGAUCCCGACAACGAAGAGCUGGAGCUGGGCAAGGAGCGCGAGUACCACAACAGCGGCACGCACAAGCUGCGCUUGCGCAGGCUGGGUGAGGCAUCGGCUGACAUGGACGACAAAUUCGACCCUCGCGGCUGGGUGACCAUCCGCAAGACAGACAUGGAGCUGGUGGAGGAAGCGCACGGACAGAAGCCGCCGAAAGGCCCUCAGUGCUUCCUGAGGGCCGGCUUGUCCGACCGCCCGGCCACGAGCAACAGGUACUUACGAUCCGACCGUUGGCACACAGUGACCAUCACUGCCGACUGCCAGGAUCGAACGGUGCUCAUCUUUCUGGACGGUAUCCAGGCAACAGAGAAGGAGAUCAACAUCAGCGCGAGCGCCAGCGCCGGGGGGCUGGGCACCGAUGACGCGGGUCGCAGGGUUCAGGGCCAGGAGCCCAGAGGAGCCCAGAGGAAUGCAGAUUCACCAAGAGCGGGCGACACCAAUGGUUCGUCGAUAGCUUUGACGGUGACGACUCUCCUGAAGAAUAUGAUCGGAGCGGGUAUCUUCUCAUUGCCCAUCGGACUGCGCUAUGCGAGCCCUCUUCCUGGCCUGGUGGUGCUGGGGAUCAUCGGCGUCCUUAGCGCUGGCUCCUACUGGAUGGUGGGGUACUCGUGCAUUACUUGCAAAGCAAAGUCGUUCAGAGAGCUCUGGAGCAAACUUUUGAACGCCAGUACAAUGUGGCUGAUUGAUGUUAUCAUCUUCGUGAACGGUUGGAUAACGCUGGUUUGCUACAUCAUCUUGAUCGGAGACUUCAUGACCAAGUCCUUCCUUGGUUUGUUGGGUCCGGACCACCUGCUUACAAAGAGUCGGGUGCUAAAUCAAACUGUCAUCACAGCCAUGGUUUUGCUUCCUCUGUCUUCAGCCAAAGAUUUGAAUAUGUUGGCGUACACAUCCAUUCUCGGCCUCGGGGUCUUGGUCUAUGUGGUGAUCCUGGUCCUUCAGGACUCCUGGAUGAACUCCUCGAGCGUCAGUCACGACACACCGAUGUGCGAAUGGAACAUGGGGAUGUUUGAGGCCAUCUCUCUCUACACAAAUGCUUUUGUCGCACACUACAACGCUCCCAAGGUUUUCGCAGAACUGGCCAAUCCCAGCUAUGAGCGCUGGACCAUCCUGGUAGGGAUUGCAUAUGGCAUCGCCUUUGUGGUCUAUGCGGAGUUUGCCUGGGCUGGCUUCCGGCGCUUCGAGCAUGAGGUGCAAGGCAACAUCCUCAAGAACUAUGGGCCCCAGCUGCACGUGCUGAUCGCCUGGCUAGGCAUGGGCUUCUCCGUCGCCUUCACCUACCCGCUCGUCUUCAACAGCGCACGUGAGGCUGCCAUCAAUCUGCUGGACAUGGCACGGCGGCAGUUCCAGGCCACGUCGUGCGGCUCAGCGCUGACGGAGGCCUUCGGGUCCCGCAUGCAGCAGCUUCAGGCCGCCUGGCUCGGCGGGUGGCGGCGCUCGCCCCAAAGCCCAGCGCCCAAGAAGAGGCGGCACCAGCCUGGCACCAAGACCACCUGCGCCCUCGUGUUCCUGACUUACAUCAUCGCCAUUCGUUGCGAAGAUGUGGGUGUGGCCAACGCUCUCGCCGGCUCCGUGAUGGGCUGCAUUACCUGCUUUGUCUUGCCCGGCCUGCUCUUCUUUCUGACGGUGUCGGUGCAGCUCCAGAGCCGGGAAGGUCUGCCACGACCACUUCUGGCGAAAGGAGCUGUGAAGCCCAGCCCGGCGAUGUACUGGAAGUUGCGCCUCGCGCAGGCCGCCGGCGCCGUGACCGCCUUAAGCGGCGUGCUGUUCACCAUCAUUGGUACAGUCCCUGGGCACGAGCCUGUCUUUCAGAGGGAGCUGCACUUGGAUUCCCGCCGACCCAUUGAAAUCGGAGCAGGUCCGGUGAGUCCCCUGGACAUGUUGGCGUCCAGCCUCACUGCAGCCAUCUCCCCCUACGCCGUACCGCAGGGCGGGUUCCUCCUUUUCGCAAGCAGCCAUGCCCGUGGCAUGCCUGGAGGGCUCAUGCUGCGGCGCAUCACCUUCUACAACACCAUGCUGGGAAGCCAGCAGGUGGAGGAGCAGUACUUGAACUCCCGCUAUCAGCGCGAGAAGAAGCCUCCGCCGCAGCAGCUGGCACUCAGUGCGAGGGCGGCGCCGGUCCUUUGGCUGCACGGCUCAUUCCUGUGCGAGUUUGCGGACUGCUUCAUAUCGAGUGCCGGGGGCGAUUUGGUGCACCUCCUGCGGUCCUUCACCCUGGGGCUCGAGGGGGCCUCCAAGAGCCUUGGUGCGGGGCCACAGUGCGUGCAUGGUGAGAGCCCGGCUGGUGGGCCUCCCCUGUGGCCCGGGUCGCCAGAGCAGCAAACGAGCCUCUACAACAUCACGGAGCUGUUUCAGAGGCUUCCCGACUGGUCAGAGCCUUUGUUCAAAAAGUGGCAGCCGCUGUGGACUGCGGAGGAUCACGCCGUGCCCUCUCUGGCCGCGUCCUACGUGCGGAGACUGCAGACCAAUCGGCAGAACCUUCGUGGGCCUCUCAGGGGCUUGCUCAUCCCGCUUGGCAUCAAGACCAUCAACGCGGGCUCCCAGAUGAUCUUGCUCAUCUUGGAGAAGAAAGAUGCCCAGACCUACCGCCUGACCAUUAUCAACUCGGGCGCGCCGGGGCUUGAGUGGCACGCCUGCUCCUCCGCAGAGCCGCCCAAGUUCAAGAGCCAGGCGGCACUGGCUUUCGAGGAUAUUCCCAGCUCAAAGGCAGAGGAUGAUGCGUUCUGGGCCAUGCUCGUGGUCACGUGUGCUAUCCCUCCGAGCCCGAUGAUGGCCAAGGAGCCCCUGCCGCUUUACGACAAGUUCAUUCCCUGGCUCAUCGGUGGCCCCCUGGAGCAGGGGCCCUUGCACUACCUGGUCAUGAAUGUCUAUGCCAUUGAUGGGCAGGAUGCACUGGCGCUUCAGGGGAAGUGGGAGUGGAUCCUAGCAGAUAACAGCCAUGAGUGGUAUCCCGAAUUCCCCUGCAAGCACGAGCAAGAGGAGCUGGACGGCGCUGUGCGACAUCGCUCGAGAUUUUCGCCGCUCGGCUCCCCGGAGCCUGUCAUCAAGCUGACUUACACCGCGAAGCGAGCCGAGGACCUCGACUUGAAGCGCCCCACAACGGGAAGCUGGAGCAGAGCCAGGCUGUGCGGCCAGCGCCUUGUGGCAAAGUCACAAUAUGAGACGCUGAGAUUGCACUUGCAUUGUUCCGGAAUGUUUGCCGUCUUUCCGCCCCACGGCAACCUCAUGUACUCACUGCCCUUUGAGCUGCGUAUAAAGUACAGGACUGGAUAUUGGACAGCCCCCUUUGCGGAGAAAAGCCGUCGCUUCUUCCGGGCCCCCGAGCAGGACCAGUGCGAAGCGGGCCAGGACUUGCGCACCCCGCAGUACGGUGGGACCGGGGCGUGGCGGUGCAUGACCUUUGCCUUGCGAUUCCUCCUUCGGGAUCGUGGCCUGUCCGUCGUGACCUCGAAGCUGGUGAAGUGGCAUCUCCGCCGCUCCUUCUUGAAGCUGGCGCUGAAGGACCUGGCCACUGCACGUGCUCUGUCCACUUCCGAGCGGACUGUCUUGAGGAUCGCCGCGAAGCAGUUUGCUCUGGGAGCUGUGAAAGUCAGCAACCGCUUGGCCAGCGAUGCGCCCCAGAUGGCUGGUGCCGCGGAGAGGCUACUGAGCGAGGAGCUGAGCUUUUGUGAUGCUCGCAGCGUUGUCUCGGAGGUGGAAGCCGCCGUGGUGGCCAAGCCAGGCGCUCACCACGUGUGGAACGACCCCUCGGUGCUGCCAGUCUUGGACCUGCAAAGUGGAGCUGAGGACCAGCAGCCCCAAGCCUGGGGUCUCCACCCCUUCUUCGACCGCCUGCUGCGCACGGACGUGAGCCCCGGGGCCGCCACCGGGGUGCCGCUGCUGGUGCCCAUCAACCUCUUGCAGGUGCCCACGACCGUCCGCGAUUUGGAUGAGGUGCACCGCGCGCUGCAGCUUUGCGAGAUCCUCUGCGCCAAGCUUGCAUUUGUAGGGAAGGAGCGAUGCAAGUUCUCACCGUACCUCCGCGUAUCGCUGCUGCAGCACGUCUUUACCGAGCUGAUCCCGCUACCCUUGGGCCCGGCUACCCAGAAAGCGCCGCUGAACAUGCACGACGCGAUCUGGGCGCCGGGAGGCUGGGAUGCGGUGCACCCGCAGAUGACGCGGGCUGCGCAACUGGAGCUCCUGCUGAUCUUGAGACGGCUGGCCGAGCACUUUGCAGCAGCCUCCUGCAUGUUGGCAAACAACAAAGGCUUCGACGCGACCAAGAUCACGGUCUUCGGAUCCAUUGCUGCAAUCGCCGACCGGGUGGCCAGAACGACAGUUCGGAGAUCCCGCGACACCGGUGCUGAGGAGGGCCCGUCCGCGCUCACGGAGGCCCUCAACGGCACGCUGGGAGGCCGCCCCGUCGCGAUCGAUCCGAACACCUUCCUGGUGCAGUCGGAGACCAUCGAGACGGCGGCGCCCGAACUGAACCUGGCCCGCACGGCCAUCUGCGCGUACUUCUGUGAAGUCAUGAAUCAUUACGAGAUCAAGAAGCUGAAGGACGAGACACUUUUUGACUGGGACACCUACGGCUGGAUGAUGUAUGUGGAGAGGGAGAAGGGCCUGGAACGCGUGGUGAAGCAGAUGUGCGCGAAGCAUCUCCUGGAGACCGGAAAGGAGUGGGGCAAGCUCGUUGCCGGCAACCAGUCCGAAAAUGCUUACUUGGUGCGUACUUGGCCAGAGUUCCCUGCGCUGCGGGACAUCAUCUUCUUCUGGAAGUACUUCAUGUGCACGGACCUUCGCGUCUUCCCCGACAUCGGCAGCUGGUCGUUGCAGGCACCUGAACCGUCAAAAAUCCUAAACCCUCAACCCUCAACCCUCAACCCUCAACCCUCAACCCUCAACCCUCAACCCUCAACCCUCAACCCUCAACCCUCAACCCUCAACCCUCAACCCUCAACUUUGGCAGAUGCCCAUAUAAGAAUGCACAUUGUUUAUAGCCUUGAAAGAAGCUCAAGAUGCCUCCUUGGGCGCAACAGCCAAAGCUUACGAAAUCCCUAA